CAACGUUUUAUCAUGACUUUGCUCUUUGGUCACCCUGAGCUGUGAAGGACUAAGGUGUUCUCACUUUAUUAUGAUCUCCAAACGAUCGAUCCUCCGCACUAACUGAGUAAUUGACUGAAAUUUUGAACAUUCUUUCGUAUCUGGCAUUUGUUGUCCUCCUCUGUUCUUGUCUGGUCCUCUCUAGUGAUCAUCGCAUCGCCAUCAAUCAAUCAUUCCAUCGUCAUUCCAUCGGGCCUUGUUGUGUUGGUUUUGUCUUUCUGAGUUUGAGACUGGAUCAUGGUCCGCCAAUUGGCUAGGGGGGACAAUCCCAUGGAACAUCUUCAAGACCAUUGGAGUAGCCCCUCCCAAGUGGAUCUCGAGUAUCCUGCACCACCCAUGCCCGCACACCACCGAGGAAGAGCUGGUGGCGAACACCCUCAACCACCUCAGCCGCAGGUCCUCGAUGUGAACGGCGUGCUCCCCUACGAAGUCAUCUCCACGCAGUUUUCCUCCAUGGUUUUGGAUGCCAGUCCUACGCCUAGUAAAAUUCCCAGAGCUCAAGCGCCACCGUGUCCGGAUUUGGAGGACGCUUUCGCCUCUUCAGCCCGAAUCUCGAAAGUCAAGGAAUUUGAGGUCCAAUCCGACGGUGUGGGCUGGUUCCAAAAUGAUUGGGCGGCCCCACCUCUUCGACGCAAGAAGGCAUCUUCACGUCCCACAUACACGUUUGAUUCUUGUCUGGUUCCGGGCAAAAGCCGAGUAUCGCCAGGAUCCCGUGUCAAUCAAAAUGCCUUGCCCCCCGCCAUCAUCAAACAUAUCGAGGAUUCUACUUCAAGGGCACUCGUUCUGUAUAAGCCCCCGUCGAGUAUCAUCGCAGAGUGUGUGCCUGAUCGCUCAAGUAAAACGGAAGAAUCGGAUGAAGAGGGUACUACUUCAGAGACCAUGGAAAUUGACUAACCAUCAACGUGUUUGAAUUUCUUUGAAGUUUCUACUUUAAGGAUGUGACCGCAUUCCCUUUAAUUGUCAGUAAAAAUAAACGUAUCUAUACUUUCUCA